GUUUGACGGGGCUGCCAUGGAUAGCGUUGCUUGUGAUUGGAUUAUAGAGCAUGCCAAUUCACUACGACUCCCAGAGAGUGAUCAGCACCUUCACAGUCUCCUGCUGGAUGAUGGGGAGGAUGAGUACAGAACCCAGCCCUUGGAGAUGAAUGAGUCAGAGAUGGUGCGGAAAGAGCUGGAACAGACUUCCAUGGACCUGAUUGCACAGCUGGAGGAGCUGGAGACACAGCUGGAGAUCGAAAAAGCUUGCCGUGAGAAUGCAGAAGUAUUUGCUGUUAAGCUGACUAAGGAGAACCGCAAACUCCAGCGCCUGAGCCUGGCUCUGCAGCCUGUCUGGGAGCAGCUGUCCACUGACAUCACCCAGCUCGGCCUUACCGAUGAUGAAGCUAGUGAUGCCAUCACUAAGCCCGACUUACCGGACCCACUCCAGCUUCAAGAAUUUCAGGAAACAAUCUCUCAUCUCGUCGAAGAAAAGGAACAAUUGGACAACAAGGUACAGGAACUGGACAGCCAACUGGUGACAUUAACAGAACAAAUGAAGAAGGAGCACUCUGAGAAGAUGGGUCUGCAGAAAGCGCUGGAGAAACAGAACAAGAGUUUACAACGGUUGAGUGAAGUCUCCACACAGGUGACCCGUGAAUAUGAGGACCUCAGGCAACAUCUGCAACUGGAGCAGGACCUUCGACAGCAGGCAGAGAGCUACGCCCAUCAGAUGCGGGUGAAGAAGCAGGAAGCCAAUAGGCAGAGUGUAAUCCUGCUGGCAAAUGCCAAUCCCAGCACACAGCUUCUCAAAGCCCUGGAGGAUGUGGCUCAGGCAACAAAGGCCUUGGAGGAAGAGAGGUUCCAACACCAGCAGCAGGUCCAAGAGCUACAGAAACAGAUUGACGAAUCAAAUUCCAAGCAGGAAAUCGACCGUCUUCAGGUGCUGCUGCACUUAAUGGAGGAUGCGAAAGAGGAGAUGGGGACGAAACUCAUGGAGGCCGAGAGGAGGAACGCAGAACUGGAGUCUCAGGUGAAGGAGCUUCAGGAGAAGCUAACAACAGCUGAGGGAGAAGUGAAGGAGGAACCAAUGAGACAUCCCCUCCCUCCACCUCCACCUCCACCUCCACCACUGCCUCUUCCACAAGAACCACCCACUCACCCCUUGGCCGAGUUACUGAAGAGAAGGCAAAAGAAUCAAGCAGGGGAUGGGCCGAAUAACCAAGACUCAGUCAAUCUCAAUGAUCUCAAGGUGAAAGCUGUCAAUGAGAUGAUGGACAGGAUUAAACGUGGCGUUGUCCUGAAACCCACCAAAAGGAAGGCGGAGCUUCUAGUUCCGAAACCCAGUGGGGAUGAAGGCAGUGCAGUACACGCGCUGAAAGGGAUACUGGAUUCAAUGACAAACAGGAAGGUCCGGCAAUCCAGUUGGAAAAGCGAGAAGAAACAGAGUGAGCUGGAAGCUAUCCUGCUGAGGAGGAGGAAGGUAACAGAUGCCAAAAAAAUUUCCGGAGAAAGAGACAUGGAAAAUCCAGCAGCAGUAGCACCUCCCACUGGCCGAAGUGAAGAGAUCAGCCCCAGGUUCCUCCCAGCCUCCAGCACACACCGAGCCAAGGGGCUGAAGAGAGGUCUGUCGGUGCAACAGAGCAGGAGAACCUCGGAUAUCACGGCCCUGAACAGGAGGAGCACAGAGCGGCCAGAGAAGCCAGCAGAACCCUGAGGGACUCGGACCCCCAGCACAGCCUCAGUGGUUCAGCCAAUCCAUCACCCCGACCCCUCCCCUCCCCCCAACCUUCUCCUCUCCCUCUCGUGUAAUGCAGAAUAAAGUAACUAUCACUGGAA